AGCAGGGCACUUCCAGAGAGGUAAAAAGCUUGACAAGCUGGCAGGACUUUUAUCAUUAUUAUUCAUAUUAUUUUUUUGCAACCCUCUCGAGACGGUGUUUGUGCGUUUGCUGAAUGUGGCUGAGCGCGAGUGCGCCUGUCGAAAUGGCAAGGCAAGUUCACGGGUUGGUGCUGUAGUGGCCGCCUGAAGUUUGAUGACUACGCCUGACAACCCACAUGCACGAUGUCUGCCGGUCGAGGCGGGGGAAAACGCACCGAGAAGUCUCCGUUUCCUGUCUCCAGGUAUCCAUCUCAGAAACAGAAUCAGAUCAGCGUCAAGGGAUCGACAGGAAGAGGCUCGAGCAAUGUGCCCGGGCCCAGUAACCAGGCUCUCGUGCCAUUCCCAUCAGGAUUUUCAAAAGGCAAAGUAAUGCUGGCCCCAAAAGGUUACACAGUGAAACCCAUAAUCCCAGCCGAUAAAGCGGAGCUCAUCUCUGUUGCGAAGGCGAUGCACCAAGAUCAAUUCGGAGCUCGAGUGAAAGAACUUUUUGAUCCGGAGAGAGAGGCAGCGCUGGAUGCAAUUAGGUCAGGAAUCUAUAUUGGAUGGAGAUCUCCGGAGUACAAAUGGGAUUGCAUCCGGGUUGGAAUAAAGUCCAAGUGUUUCUGUGGCCACCUGCUUGCCGAACAUGAGCGAUUUUCAGCUCAAAGUGUUCGCGUUCCUUGUGCUGUGAAUUUCUGCCAAUGCAAGGCUUUUGCAUUCGUCCCAGCCCGCCCUGAGGAUGUAGGAGAAUUCUGGCUGAGAAAAAGACCCAAUUUUGAUCCAAGGACUUGGAGAGCAAAAUGCCGUUGUAAACAUUCCCACGAAGAGCAUGAUCCCUCUGGAAGCCAUCACUGCACUAUUAGUGGUUGUCCUUGCUCACAGUUUGAGUCCAACUUCCUUUGUGCUGCUUGUGAUAAACACUGGGAACAACAUGCAACAUUUUUUGAUUCAGAGCAAUCUAGAAAACAAAAUGGACUCCCAUAUGGUGAGGCCUACUUGCCCUUUGCAGAGAUGACCAAUUUACGGAAUGCAGUGCUGACAGGUAAUGAAGAAGAUGAAUCAGAGUUCAUAAACAUCACAGAAGGACCUGGAGCUUUUGUUCAAAGGAUUUUUCCAUCGUCCAAUACAGAUACCUCUUCUUCAGCUGUAGUCGCAAACCCCAUGGGGACUUUGAAACGUCAGUAAUUAACACUUAGAGAGUCUGAAUUAAA